UAGCCAGAGCUAUGGUCCAGCCAAAUGUUCUGCUGUUUAGUGUCCCCCUUUUUUUUCUGCUGCUUUUUCUAGCAUUUUCCUGCUUCCACACGAGAAACACUAGUCCUGUGCAAUGGAGCCCUCACCUGACAUCCUCAUUAUCCAGAAAAUGUCCAGAGUUGGAGCAGAGCACAAGCUGAUGAGGUGAGAAGUGAAGCUGAACAGUUUAGACACUGCAUUUGUAUAUAUUUGCAGUCAGCCUUAGAGAGAGUAUCUCAUGAGCAGAGCAGGAGCAGGCAGCCUGUAGACUUGGGAAAUCCUUCCACCAUGACCAUGGCAGGUGUUUUUGUGCUCCUCUCCUUUAUACUUUGCUGCUUCCCAGAUACUGCCUUUGGUGUUGAGGUGGACUGCAGUAUAUAUCCCAACACGACAAGUGAAGAAGGCAAAGAGGUGUUGGUCUGCACUGAGACCCUCAGCCCCAUCUGUGGUUCUGAUGGAGUCACCUACAACAAUGAGUGCCAGCUUUGUGCCUACAAUGUAGAAUAUGGGACAAAUGUCAGCAAAGACCAUGAUGGAGAAUGCAAGGAAAUUGUACCCGUGGACUGCAGUCGAUAUCCCAACACAACAGAGGAAGGCAGAGUGGUGAUGCUUUGCAACAAAGCCCUCAGCCCUGUCUGUGGUACUGAUGGGGUCACUUACGACAAUGAGUGCCUACUGUGUGCCCGUAACCUAGAGUCUGGAACCAGUGUUGGCAAAAAGUUUGAUGGUGAAUGUAAGAAGGAAAUUGCUACGGUUGACUGCACUGACUACCCUAAACCUGUCUGCUCACUUGAUUACAUGCCUCUUUGUGGUUCUGACAGCAAAACAUACAGCAAUAAGUGUAACUUCUGCAAUGCAGUCAUGGACAGCAACGGGACUCUCACUUUAAACCAUUUUGGAAAAUGCUGAGUAUAAGUGCUGAGAGAAUUCACAAGAUCCCCACUGGCAAAUCCCAGCUUAAGAUCUCACCUCAGUUCAUCUCACCCUCUGGGAAACUCAGCUCAC